AUGACAGUAACGACCCACUUAAUCCCCUCCCACGAAGAUGGUGCUUUGAAAGCCAUUCGAGCGAUUGACCAUCAGCUGUCCCAACUCGACAACUCUGCAAGAACCCUGCGCGGUCGGCGCAAUGCGUUGGCACCAAUAUCUACUCUACCGCCCGAAAUACUCUCCAUGGUGUUCAUGUACGCGGAAGCCGCUAGCAAUAAUUCCCUUGCAUGGAUCAAGGUCUCCCAUGUAUGCCAGCAUUGGCGGGCGGUAGCCCUCGACUCCCCCCGGUUGUGGACGAAUAUCGUGCUUAGUCGCCCGAAAUGGACGAGGGAGAUGCUCAAACGCUCCAAGAUGGCCCCCCUCGACAUCAAAGCAGACCUCUCCUUCCUGACGCCUCGCCUCCUUGAAGUUGCUCGGUUGAUGAUGAAGCAGAUACAUCGCACGCGCAGUCUCAAUAUCACCGCCAACCAUUCCACAUUAAAUACUAUAUUCGCCGGCUUGCAAGGAGAUGCUCCACUGCUUCGGUCAUUGAACGUCCACGAUUCCCAGCGCCAUGGUCUGCUUCCAACAGAUACCCUCAGCGUCCCAUUUGCGAUGAAAGCUCCACGGCUACAACACCUAGAACUACUUCAGUGUAACGUGGAAUGGAACUCCCCGUUUCCCCGGUCUUUGACGCACUUUAAACUGCGCGACGCGACUCCUCCACCGAUGGAGGAUCUCCUUUCGGCUUUACAAGCCAUGCCGUAUCUAGAGGUCUUGGAACUUCAGAAUAUACUUCCUCGACCUGAUCUCGGCCUCGCGAAGCGCGAAGUCCGUCUGAGCAAGCUGAAGAAGAUUUCUAUUAAAGAUCCUCUGCCGUCGUGCGCAUCGCUUCUUGGGUUCCUCGCGCUUAAACCCUCUACCUCCUUCCAUCUGGAUUGCACAUUUGGUGGAGAGCCAUCGGCAUCAUUGUUCUUGUACCUCGAGCUCUUACGCCAAUUGCCGUUCAAAUCCAUCAACACGUUGGAAUUGGCGCAGGAUGGCCCAGCUUAUAUCGAGGUCUAUGCCUCAGAGCCCGCUUCUGGCGGAAGCCCUCGGUCGACCAACUUGGACUUUAGAUUAUCCUGGGGGCAGGAUGUCCCUGUCACACCGCUACAAGUCUUCUCUCACAUCAGUAAAACACUCAGGCUUUCCUUCCUCCAGACCUUGUACUAUCACCAGACCCAAGACUCGGAAGCUUCCUUCUGGCUCGACAACUUCUCGAAGUUGCCGAGGCUUCAGAACGUAACGCUUUCCGGAUCCUUGGUGCCUAGCUUCUUGAACGCACUCGUUCAUAAUGAAUCGCACAAAGCAUCCGAGCCAGCUGGGAGGAGAUCGCUUGCUUGCGUUGGAUUUCCAAGCCUGCGGAGUCUGGCGUUACAUAACGCCAACCUAGCGGAUACAGUAGGAGACAAACGGCUGCUGACUACCCUGCGCGACGUCAUUGGCUAUCGGCUCAAACGAGGGACUCCAAUCGUUGACCUAACCUUCGAAUGGUGCGCUAACGUACGGGAUGUUGAUGUUGAAUCGCUCAGCAUGUUGGUGAAGAAUGUUCGCUGGGACGGACAGGAAUCGGUGUUGAAUAGCGAUGCUGAAGGACUCUUGUUCUUGGAGUUGGAUUAG